CCCAGCUCUGUGCAGUUACUGGGCCACUGGUGGGCUGUUAUUCUGCCUGCCAGCCUCAGUCUCCUCAUCUGUGAAAUGGUCCUAACACCUGCCCUACCGUCUCAUAGGACGACUAUGAAGAUCAUACUGACCAACUGCGAGGUGUCGGAGGUCUCGCCAAGGCUUCUGCUUCUUUUAGACUCCUCCCAGGAAAGUGAUCACCCAACUAUGCUGUGAUUUGGAGUACAGGGCUUUACAGAGUAGAAAGCCAGGACGUAGCUUCAUGGUUUUCAGCCAUUUUCCCUAACUGAUGUCUGGGAACUCUGAAGCAUUCGGGCCCCACCUGGUCUUCUGGGGACCACCGGGAUCCUGAGAUCAUGCUAUCACACCUGGGAUAUCACCCCACUUCACCCCUUAAACACUUUUAAGCCAGGAAUGUCCCAGACAGGGGUAGACACCUAAGUGUUUCAAUCAUGCACCUGGAUGUCGAUGGAAACUUUGCAGUAGGCUCCUUCAGCUAUUAUCCAACCUAUGCCUGUGGACAUCUGAUAGAAAGACAUGCUGGAAUCAUCCAUAUUUUGCAGAGAAGGGACCAUCCCUGUCAGGCACAAUGGCUUAUCUAAGGUCCAAACCAGAAGUUGGCUGAAACCACCCCCCCGAUGCCUCAGGAUAUUUCGAGGGAGACGCCAUAAGAACGCUCCAGAGGACAUGGUGCAGGAGCUGAAUGUCGACAUCCCCUGCUCUCAUUCCCCAAAGGACAAGAAGCCACACAGGGCCAACAGAGUCUGGCGCUGGCUCAGGGGGAAAAAUGGCUCAACGAGGAAGAGGAAUAAGACCUCGAUAGUAUGGAACACUCGUGCCACUUCAUUGGAGGCCGCAAUAGAUUACCUGGUGACUGCCGUCAUAAAACAAGAUCUAAACUAUGUUCACACGUUUUUGGAAAUAUACCGCACCCUUGCUACCACCCAGGAGGUGCUGGGCCUCCUCUUUGCAAGAUUCGGAUGUGUUUACUCCACGUAUGACGAGGUCGGCGGACCCCAGGAGCAGUGCAACAUGGCCGUCUAUGCCAUCCUGGAUAUGUGGGUGGAAAGGUAUCCAGGGGAUUUUGUGCAGCCUCCAGAGUUUCCCAACUUGCAUGCUGUACUGGCCUACCUGCAGGUCAAUGUGCCUGGCUCGGACCUGCAGCGCCGUGCCCAGCUUCUGCUCCCAGAAAGGCAGCGCGCUGAGACCACAGAGCCAGAGGCUGGGGGUGAGGAGGACUGGGGGUGACUGAUGUGGGCCUGAGGAGGAGGCAGGGUGGGCCACCCUGAGGAAGCCUCCAUAGAUUGUAGUUGGGCUGAGAGGAGUGAGUCGUCUCAGAUCCCUGUCCCCAUGGGCUUCCGUCGGGGACACCAUCCGGGGGCUGGGUCUUGAAAGCAGGUCACGCUGAGUGGUGGGGAAAGGGAAAGCAAGAGGGAAGUCAACCAAGCUGAUGAUGCUUUCUCUUCUUGGAGCUACAGCACCGGCCCCACAGCAAGAUCAGGAUGUGUCUCAGGAAGUUCCAGCAGCCACUCUGGCACCCGCUGCACGUCUGGGGCCUGAGCUGGCCCCCGCCAUCCCUGGUGCGGCAGGUCACUAUGGGUUAGGAAGACCAGUGACCCCCCCUGACCCGUUGGGGCCAGGGCAGAUGGUCGUCAGGGCCCUCGUUCACUUCUCUGCCACGGAAGAGCCACCUGGCCUUUUGACUUUCCUGGAUGACCCGCAGGGUCCUGCCCACGAGCUGCCGCCACCUGCCUCCGUGGAGCAAGCAGGCUCCGCUCCCGAGCAGCACCCCGUGCUUGCUACAACCAGAAAUCAUGUCUUUCCCAUCGCCCUCGUUGCUUUAUUUGUAUUUCUUCUGUUUUGUGUAUAUGUAUAUAAUUACAUACUAGAUUUAAUUAAAGAAAGUAGAAUUUGAGUUUACAUAA